AGUGUUGAACCUGACCCUGGUGGACCUCCCGGGGAUGACGAAGGUCCCCGUGGGGGACCAGCCGGCGGACAUCGAGCAUCAGAUCAGAGAGAUGCUGAUGCAGUUCGUCACCAAGGACAACUGUCUCCUAUUGGCAGUCUCUCCGGCCAACUCCGACCUCGCCAACUCCGACGCCCUCAAGAUCGCCAAGGAGGUCGACCCACAAGGUCUGAGGACGAUCGGUGUGAUCACCAAACUGGACCUGAUGGACGAAGGAACCGACGCCAGAGACAUCCUGGAGAACAAGCUGCUCCCACUGCGCAGAGGUGAGGACACAAUACACACUCUUAUUCUGAAAGAGCCUUAG